AAUCUCUUAAGGCUUAAAUUAUCUAUUGUAGACCUGGCUUUUAUCUUUGAAUAAGAAUGAAGUUGCAAGCCUAAAAUCCCUAGAAAAGAAACUUUGCUAUUGGAUAUCCGAAUGUCGCCAUCUUCUAUCUAGUAAUAUGAUGUCUCGUGUUUUUCUUCGCACAUGUUUUCCAAUAUAACCUAUCUUUCGUAAUAUAAUUUAUCGUAAGUUGUGUGUAAUAAUGUUUCAAAAAUUUCAACCACAAUUAUUCGAUGUAAAUAAAAAACCCGGCCAGCCAAAGAGACGAAAAAAAAUUACGCUGGUUUUUGAUGAGGAAAAACGACGAGAAUUUUUAGGAGGCUUUCGUAAGAGAAAAUUAGAACGGAAAAGGAAAGCUCAAGAACAAUUACAAAAACAACUGAAAGAAGAACGUAAGAAAAUUAAACAAGAGGCACGAGAACGUUACAAAAAAUUUGUAGCACAUCGGAAUGUGCCAGAAUUAGAAGAAUUAUUAUCUAAACAAGAAUAUGAUCUGGAAGGUCAUACAGUCAGUAUUUUGGAGUUAAAUGUUACAGACCUUGCAGGAGAUAGAUGGAUAGGUGAAAACAAGAUUGCAGAGAAAAAGGAAGAGGAACAAGAUGAUCAAAGUGAGCAUUCUAACAAUGACAAUAAUGAAAUUGUGGGAAUGUCAUUGAAGGAGAAACAGAAAAAUCUAACACAACAGAAACCUAAAUCUGAUGAUCAACAAAUUAAAUCCUCAAAAGAAAUAAAACGAGAAAUAAAGAAAGCAACACUCAAGCAAAUUAAAAAAAGUAAAGCAUUUCAACAAAAGCAGAGACUAGAGCAACAAAAAAACAAAAAACAGAGUAGACAAAAAUUACAUAAUGCUCAAAAGGUAAUGCAUAAACAUGGUAAACAUAUUAAAAAAAAAACAAAACAUUAGAAUAUUUAAAAACUUUG